AAAAGGCAGCGGGAGCUCCGGCCAAGCAGACACUCGGCGGCAGGUCCUCGCCCGACCAUUGCCUCCGUCGCCUCUGGCUGCUUUGUUCGACGGGCUAAGAAGCCAACAAGAAGGAGGAGGAGGAGGAGGAGAGCUCUUCUUCUCCAGCCUUGGGAGAGAGGCGGGUCUCCCCUUCUCGCUGGACCUGAGUGCGACCCAUGGGCGGCAUCCAGGGAUCCCGAAAAGUCGCCCCAGGCUCAGGCUCCACACCGCCCCUCCUCACCUGAAGGAAGUUUGCUAAAGAAGAGGCAACGGGGCUCCUGCCAGACUCGCAAAAGAUGAAGUCAGGAUAGCGACACAUCCUGGGUCUUGUGGGGGAACCCUUCAAAGGUCGGGAUGGACGCAUCUCCUUUAAAUACGCGGGUUUACUCUUAGAAACGGGGCUGGAGGGGGAAAGCAAGUUGAUACUCAGACUCCGAGGACUCUAGCAGGUGGGUUGGUGGUGGAGAGAAAAGAAGUAGGCUGGUGUCUUUUUUAAGGGCUGGGGGAUUUUUGUAUUUUAGUUGAUUUUAAACUAAAGUUUCUUUAGUUCCUCCCUGCUCCCCCUCACAGUUUCUUGGUCCCCCACACCACCCAAAGAAUGGACCCUGAAGCCAUCUCUAUGAACCGGACCCAGGACUUCUCCUGGCUGGACCCCAAUGCCUCCAAGCCAUCCCCUGAGCAGCCCUCGAAGCACGAGGAGGGCAAUGGUGGCUUCCUCUCGGAAAUUGGCAUUGAGAACUUUGUCACGCUGGUUGCCUUUGGCCUCAUCUUCAUCCUGGGGGUGCUGGGCAACUCCUUGGUCAUCACGGUGCUGGCCAGGAGCCAUCCGGGCAAAGUCCGGAGCACCACCAACAUUUUCAUCCUCAACCUGAGCAUUGCCGACUUGGCCUACUUGCUCUUCUGCAUCCCAUUCCAGUCCACAGUGUAUAUGCUCCCCAGCUGGGCACUGGGCACCUUCAUCUGUAAGUUUAUCCACUACUUCUUCACCGUCUCCAUGCUGGUUAGUAUCUUCACCCUUUCAGCAAUGUCGGUGGACCGCUAUGUGGCCAUUGUCCACUCGCGGCGCUCCUCAUCCCUGCGGGUGUCCCGCAAUGCUCUGUUCGGCGUAGGGGUCAUCUGGCUACUCUCCAUCGCUAUGGCUUCACCUGUGGCUCACCACCAACGCAUUGUCCACCAGGACUUCAUUAACCAGACCUUCUGCUGGGAAGUGUGGCCCAAUAUUCAGCACAAGAAAGUCUAUGUGAUCUGCACGUUUGUCUUUGGGUACCUGUUGCCUCUGCUCCUCAUCUCAUUCUGUUAUGCUAAGGUCCUCAAUCAUCUUCAUAAGAAGCUAAGGAACAUAUCGAAGAAAUCAGAAGCAUCAAAGAAAAAGACAGCACAAACAGUCCUGGUUGUUGUUGUGGUUUUUGGGAUAUCCUGGCUGCCGCAUCAUAUUGUACACCUCUGGGCGGAAUUUGGAGACUUCCCUCUGACUCAAGCUUCAUUUCUGUUCAGAGUGAUAGCACAUUGCCUGGCUUACAGCAAUUCUUCUGUGAAUCCUAUUAUAUAUGCUUUCCUUUCUGAAAAUUUUAGGAAGGCUUAUAAGCAAGUGUUCAAAUGCCAGAUUGGUAGCAGCUCACCUCUGAAUGAAGUUAAAGAAAAUAAGAGUAAUAUUGAGACCCCGCCAUCGACUAAUUUAACACAUGUCUGAAGAACAUCAAUAAAGGUCUUUAUCUGCAAUGUUGAUUUUUUUCCCAUAUGAAUGGACAUACUUUGAAGAAAACAUAGUCUGAUAUGUAUUUCAGGCUUUCACUGACAAAAAGUUGUGCAAUUUUUAGAAAUUCUGUUCAUAAUAAGAGCUGGUGAAAAUUAGCAAUGCAUGCAUAAGAAAGUUCAGAUGAAAGGCACUUUAAUGAGAUUUUCUUCAAAAUGAAAAAGAUCUUAGUUCUGUGAAAAUUACUCCAUAAAAUUAAUUCCUUAGAUGUUAACUAGCUUGUUAUGCAUUUAGAAAGAAAGGUUUUAUUUCUUUCUAGCCUUUGUGAUAUUUUUCAAUAUAAGGCAAUUAAGUGAAACAAAAAAAUAAGCCAUUCGUUCUCAAAAUAUGCCUCUCAUGAUUUGCAAGGAAAUAGGAUACACAUCAAAUUGGAGGUACAUGAUACAUGAAGGGUAGUAAUGGAACAUGUCUCUCCCAGUUUACACCUACAGUUUGCUGGGGGAGAAAGACACCCAUUUAUAUCAGUGAAUGUUUCCUUCCUAUUUCAAACCAUUUUUAUAAAGGUGUUGCCUUGCUCACUCAAGCAUAGA